AUUAGAGGGUAGCUAGCUAGUUUGAUAGCCAGCGCAGUUAACGGUUGAUUCUUGUUGGUAAACUACAGCAUGCAAAUACUGCUACUAGCAAGCCAGAUGGGUAUCUUGUGCUAGCUGACGAUGUAUUUUCAUCUGGCAUUGACAGAAAGUGACGUACCUUGCUAUCAUAUCUCGUUUUGAUAAACAUGUACACGAUUUGUAGUUUUCUUUUCGGUCUGUCUUUCUGUGAUUGUUUUCUCAGGGCUACAAAUCUGCAGAUCGUACAUGCAGUAUAUUGCUAGCUAGUUAAAUUAUGGCUCAUUAAGAAAGGCUUAGAACAGAUGCCAGCUCACCAAGAGUCCAUCAGCUAGCAAACGUUUGGUUGUUGGCAAGAUAGUCCAAGUCCGAAAAGGUAGACUGGAACUAGAAUCCAAACUCAUACCAUUUUCAGAUAGAUCUGCUGUGUUAGGAUAGCCCAUUUAUUCAACUAGCUUUCAAGCAAUAUAUCGUGAUUGGCAUUGGCUAAGGCCUCGUUUUCAUGACAAGUAAUCUCUUAAAGAAUAAAUCGUUCUGAUCAUUACCGUUAACAUUAGUUUGCAAAAUCACACAAUGGCCACAAGUAGUAAAGGAGUUCUGACGUGUAGGUACAGUAUCGACCAUCUGAAGGGUUUAAAAAAUACAAACUGGUUUUAAUUUAUUCAAGUGCUGGAUACAAGCGAAGAAAGAAAACGAAGAGGUUCGUAAUUUUUUGUCCUAGUGAAUGUUUUCCUUUUCUCGUUGGAUCAAAAGUGCCAAAAUACUGCCCAGAAUAUAUAAUAGAAGUUUUGUUUCCAAGAACUGCACAAAAGUGUCGUGCUUGUGAAAAGCACAUGCGACUGUUCUUUCUACUGCAAUCGAAGGAAGCCGAUCCCAAACUGUAAAGUAUCGGCUUCUCGAAGACAUCCUCGCUUUAGACUGCAAAGCUUACCGGUAGCUUUCAAUGGAGCUGCAAUCACUAUAGCGAAGACGGAGCGGGUGUACAGCCGAAAAGUUUGGAACCAGACCGUGGCCGCGGGCAACCGAGGGGCCUUCAGCCCCAGGUUGAGUCGCCUGCUGGAAAGAUGGGUUCUCAGGCUCUUCAGAUACUGCGGCAAGGCGUGUGGGCUUCCCUGACCGGAGGCUGGUACGUCGACCCGCACCAGAGCACGUUCUCCAACUGUUUUCACCUCUACCUCUGGAUAUUCCUACUGGCCUUCCCCUUCCUGCUCUACAUGGCCUUGCCCUCCAGCAUGGUGGUGGCUGGGGUCUACUGCCUGGUGGUGGCGGUGUUUUUCACGGCCAUCAAGGCGGUCAACUUCCGCCUUCACGCCAUGUUCGACCUGGGGGAGAUCGUGGAGAAGAGGCAGGCCUCCCUGACCGCCGAGGCGCUGAGGGUGGAGGAGGUGGAUGAGGGCGGAGACCUCAGCAGGAACCAGCACAGGGACAGCGGCGGAGGCGUGGAGAUGACGGUGUUUCGAAAGGUGAACUCCACCCCCCCAGUCCGCUGCAGCUCACAGCACUCUCUCUUCGGGCUCAACCAGGUGUCGGAAUUUCUGCCACAGCUCGAAGACACAGGAGGCUCCAAAGAUAUCAAGGACCUGAUGCGGGAGCAGGGCAGCAACAACGUGAUCGUGACUUCAGCCCACAGGGAGAUCCUCCGACACAGCUCCCAGGACACCAUCAGGGGCGCCAGCGUGGUCCAGUCCUGCCUGGCCGCCGCGCUGGCCAAUGACUUCCCCGGGCUGAUGGGGGUGGGCGGGGUGAUGGCGGGGGGCUUCGGGGGCAACGUGCCUGGAGAGUGCCCCUCGGCUCCCCCCUCCCCCUGCAGCCAGGCGGACGAGGGGGAGCGGGCGGACGAGGAGCAGGGGUGCGGGGCGCGGCAGAGGAGCCCCGGGGGGCCGGGGCCCGGGGGCUACUCGCCCCUGGGGCCCUCCGGGGAGUCAGAAAGCCUGGGCGACGCCCCGCUCAGCCCGCUGAUCAAGAGCAGCCUGAGCGAGGAGCUGAGCGAGAACCUGCUGGGCCUGGGGCUCGACCCCGGGGCCCUGGCCCCCGGCUCCGCCCGCCGCGCCCCCGCCACCGCGGCCGGCUCCACCGACAGCUGCUUCAGCGGGGGGGGCGGGGCCACCGACCGCGAGACCCUCAGCACAGUCAGCAGCUACCGCAGCGAGAAGACCGACUCCACCCAGCUGGAGAGCCCCUCCCUCAGUCUGCCCCGCCCCGGCCCGCCCGGGACGGCCCCCUCCCUCGCCCCGGGCCCCGACCCCGGGCCCCCAGGAGCCCCGGAGCCGGCCGGGAGCGACACGGACGACCUGUCGGACAGCGAGCUUCUCCGCUCCCCCUCCAAAGAGCUCUCGGUGGGGCAGGAGCUGGACCGCACCCUGGUGGAGGGGGAGAGCGUCUGCGCCCUCCCCCCCGACCUCCCUCAGGCCCCGCCCCUCCAGGACUCCUCCCCCUCCAGCAGCGGGCGCUCCGAGGCCUGCGACCUGGAGCGGGCGGCCCCCCUGCCCCCCCUGCCGCCCCCCCGGCAGGCCAGCUCCGUGCCGGCGGGCCUGGGCUGCUCGGACCCCGCCCUGCCCAUCACGCCCCCGCCCUUCCUGCUGUCGGACCCCCCGCAGCUGCACGCGCAGCAGGUGGUGCGGCCCAAAGACCUGAAGCUGCUGCGCCCGGCGGGGGGGGCGGGGCACCGGCCGGGCCGGCGGAAAGCGCCGCGGAAACGGGGCGGGGCGGGCAGCAGCAGCUUCGACUGCGGCUCGUACCGCCGGCACCACGGCCGCGGCCAGCACAGGGACUACAUCCCGGUGCGCAGCCGGCUGGCGGCCAAGGCCUACAGCGAGAGCCUGUUCGAGGACUCGAGCGACGAGGACGACGGCAGCGAGGGGAGCGACCUGAGCGCCGCGUCCAGCCUGGGCUCGCAGCGCCGCUUCAGCUCCGACGACGACGACGACGACGACUCCAGCUCCUCCACCUCCUGCUACUCCCCCGACUCGGCCGGCGCCGGGCAGGCCCCGCCCCCCUCCGCCGCCCCGCCCGCCGACCCCCGGGAGGGGGAGGAGUCGGACCGCGUGGGCCCCGCCCACCCGCGGGGGGCCCAGCGCUCGGCCAGCACGGCCAGCGCCAAGACUCACGCCCGGGUGCUGAGCAUGGACGGGGCCGGGGGGGGCCACGCCAGCGCCGGGACGCUGGCCUCCGCGCCCCUCGCCCUGGCGCCCUCCGCCGCGCCCGCCCCGCGCCCCCUCACCGUCUCCAAGUCGGACCUGGAGGCUCGCACCGCGCACCUGGAGGGCUUCCCCGGGGCCCGGCACCGGCUGGACUCUCAGGGCGGCUCCUGGGCCGGGAACCACACCGGCUGGCGGGCGGGGGAGCUGGUGGAGGAGGGCGCCGUGGGCGGAGAGGAGGUGGGUAAGAGGGACUCGGUCAGCAGUGUAAAGAGGACGCAGGCCAUCCGCAGAAGACACAACGCUGGGAGCAACCCUACCCCCCCUCCCUCCGCCAUGGGCUCCCCACCCAGGUGUGGCUCUGAUUGCUGUGAUGUGGUUGUGUCUCCGUGGCAACGCCUCUCCAGCCUGCAGGACCUCCAGCGCGCCCGCGCCUCCUCCCACUCCCGCGCGCUCACCCUGCCCUCCGCCCUGCAGUUCGCCUCCUCCCUGCUGCUCCCCCGCGGGGGCGUGCACGAGGCGUCCACCUUCGACGACACCUCGGAGGGCGCUGUGCACUACUUCUACGACGAGAGCGGAGUGAAGAGGUCUUACACUUUCGGCCCUGCGGGAGGAGGGUACGAGGACCCCGUUCAGGAGAGGGAGAGGCAGUCCCAGUCCUCCAGCUUCACCUCGGCCGAUGUCCAGGACGGGGCGCCGGUGCUGUCCAUGCUGCAGCCCAGGCCCGUCGUCCUGCAGGGAAUGCAGGUUAGAAGGGUGCCGCUGGAGAUUCCAGAGUUUGACCUGGACCACGAGUCUGUGCACGAGUCCCAGGAGAACACGCUGAUGAUCGAGGAGAAGGCCAAGCCCAAGCAGUACUACCGCUUCUGGGUGCUGCCGGGGAAGUGGCUGCGGGUGCGCUACGACAGGCUCGCCCUGCUGGCCUUGCUGGACAGGAACCGGCGGGUUGGGGAGAACGUGUUCGCGGUGCUGCUGGCCAGCAUGGUGGCCUUCCUGGGCUUCCUGCUGCUGCUGCAGGGCUUCUUCAGGGACAUCUGGGUCUUCCAGUUCUGCCUGGUCAUCGCCAGCUGCCAGUACUCCCUGCUGAAGAGCGUGCAGCCGGACGCGGCCUCCCCCAUGCAUGGGCAUAACUGGAUCAUAGUGUACAGCCGGCCGGUGUACUUCUGCCUGUGCUGCGGGCUCAUCUGGCUCUCUGACCUGGCAGGGAACUCCAGCAGCCUGCCGCCAUUCACCCUGUACGGCGUCACCUUCUUCUCCUCGCACUUCCUGCUCUGCACCCGGGACGUGCUCAUUGUUUUCACCUUGUGUUUCCCAGUCGUGUUCCUCUUCGGGCUCCUACCUCAGGUCAACACCUUUGUCAUGUGUCUGCUGGAGCAGGUGGACAUGCACAUCUUUGGCGGAACAGCCACGACCAGCCCCCUGUCAUCCUUAUACAGCCUGCUACGCAGUGUGCUGGUGGCUGCCCUGCUGUACGGAUUCUGCCUAGGUGCCAUCAAUGCCCCGUGGGAUGAGCUCCACGUUCCGGUGCUGUUCUCUGUGUUCUGCGGGCUGCUGCUGGCUCUGUCCUACCACCUGAGUCGCCAGAGCAGCGACCCCACCGUCCUCUGGUCUCUCAUUCGCUCACGGUUCUUCCCCGAGCUGGACAGCAGGAGCCCAGAGGAGCCGCCGCUGGAGAUUAAGGACCCCUUGCCGGAAAAGCUGCGCAAUUCUGUGAAAGAGACCCUUCACUCUGACCUGGUCAUGUGCCCCCUGAUGGCGGUCAUCACGUUUGCCAUCAGCGCGAGCACGGUCUUCAUCGCCCUGCAGCCCGCUCUCAGCUUCGUCCUGUACGUGCUGGCGGGGGUGGUGGGCUUCCUCACCCACUACCUGCUGCCCCAGCUCCGCAAGCAGCUGCCCUGGUUCUGCCUGGCCCACCCCGUGCUCCGCUCCCGCGAGUACUGCCAGUUCGAGGUCCGGGACGCAGCCCAGCUGAUGUGGUUUGAGAAGCUCUACGCUUGGCUGCAGUGUGUGGAGAAGUACUUCAUCUACCCCGCGGUCAUCCUCAACUCCCUGACCACCGAGGCCCAGGCAGCCAGCACCGAGAAAAUGGGUCUUUAUAGUCGCUCGCUCUUCAUCUCUCUGGCGGGGAUGAAGCUGCUUCGCUCGUCCUUCUGCACUCCGUCUCAGCAGUACGUCACGCUCUGCUUCACCGCCCUCUUCUUCCACUUCGACUACCCGCGCUUCUCCGAGACCUUCCUCCUCGACUACUACUUCAUGUCCAUCCUCUUCAGCAAGCUGUGGGACCUGCUGUACAAGCUGCGCUUCGUCCUCACCUACAUCGCGCCCUGGCAAAUCACCUGGGGCUCCGCCUUCCACGCCUUCGCCCAGCCCUUCGCCGUGCCCCACUCUGCCAUGCUCUUCAUCCAGGCGGUGUUUUCCGCCCUCUUCUCCACCCCCCUCAACCCCGUGCUGGGCAGCGCCGUCUUCGUUACCUCAUACACCCGACCUGUCAAGUUCUGGGAACGCGACUACAACACUAAGCGGGUGGACCACUCCAACACACGCCUGGCCACUCAGCUGGACCGCAACCCGGGUGCGGACGAUAACAACCUGAACUCCAUCUUCUACGAGCACCUGACGCGCUCGCUGCAGCACAGCCUGUGCGGGGACCUGCUGCUGGGCCGCUGGGGGAACUACAGCACGGGCGACUGCUUCAUCCUGGCCUCCGACUACCUCAACGCCCUGGUGCACAUCAUCGAGAUCGGCAACGGCCUGGUCACCUUCCAGCUGCGCGGCCUGGAGUUCAGGGGGACGUACUGCCAGCAGAGGGAGGUGGAGGCCAUCACGGAGGGGGUGGAGGAGGACGAGGGCUGCUGCUGCUGCGAGCCGGGCCACCUGCCCCACGUGCUGUCCUUCAACGCGGCCUUCGGCCAGCGCUGGCUGGCCUGGGAGGUGGCCGCCACCAAGUACGUGCUGGAGGGCUACAGCAUCAGCGACAACAACGCCGCCUCCAUGCUGCAGGUGUUCGACCUGCGCAAGAUCCUCAUCACCUACUACGUCAAGAGCAUCAUCUAUUACGUGAGCCGCUCGCCCAAGCUGGAGGAGUGGCUGGCCAACGAGACCAUACAGGAAGCGCUCCGCCCCUGCCAGGCCCCCGCCUACGUGGACAGCGACCCCACCUUCAACCUGAACAUCGACGAAGACUACGACCACCGAGCCGCCGGCAUCACCCCGGGAGCCUUCUGCACCGUCUACCUGGACUGGAUCCAGUACUGCAACAGCCGACGGCAAGCGCCCGUGGAGGGUGAGAGAGAGUCCCCGCUGGUCACGCUGUGUUUUGGGCUCUGCAUCUUGGGCCGCAGGGCUUUGGGGACCGCCUCCCACAGCAUGUCAGCCAGCCUGGAGCCCUUCCUCUACGGCCUGCACGCUCUGUUCAAGGGUGACUUCCGCAUCACCUCCCCGCGGGACGAGUGGGUGUUCGCGGAUAUGGACCUGCUGAACAGAGUGGUGGCCCCUGGGGUGCGCAUGUCCCUCAAACUGCACCAGGACCACUUCACGUCGCCGGACGAGUACGAGGACCCGGUGGUGCUGUACGACGCCAUCACGGCCAACGAGGAGAAGAUGCUGAUCUCGCACGAGGGCGACCCCGUGUGGCGCAGCGCCAUCCUGGCCAACAUGCCCUCGCUGCUGGCGCUGCGCCACGUCAUGGACGACGGCAGCGACGAGUACAAGAUCAUCAUGCUCAACAAGAGGUUCCUCAGCUUCAGGGUCAUCAAGGUGAACAGGGAGUGUGUGCGCGGCCUGUGGGCGGGGCAGCAGCAGGAGCUGGUCUUCCUGCGGAACCGCAACCCGGAGCGCGGAAGCAUCCAGAACGCCAAGCAGGCCCUGCGCAACAUGAUCAACUCCUCGUGCGACCAGCCCAUCGGCUACCCCAUCUACGUGUCCCCCCUCACCACCUCCUACGCCGGGGGCCACGCCCAGCUGCGCUCCGUCUGGGGGGGGCCCGUCAGCCCCCACAACAUCUACACCUGGUUCAUCAGCAGCUGGGACAGGCUACAGAAAGGCUGUGGCGCAGGGUGUAACAGCGGGGGAAACAUCGAGGACUCUGACUGUGGCGGCGGCUCCUCGUCCAUCGCCAACAACCCCACGACGCACCCCCCCCAGGCCCUGCCCACGCACGGGAGCGCCCCCCCGCCUCUCCCUCCGUCCCACCUCCCCACCAUUCAGCCCCCCCUGGGAACUGACAACCCUCUUGGACCAGCCUGGCCUCUCCACCCCCAGCCCCUCCCCCUGGCCCUGCUCAGCCAAUCGGAGGGCAGGCGGGAGGCGGGGCUGGUGACCUCGCUGCAGCGCACCUCGUCCAUUCAGGGGCUGCUGGGCCAGCACCUGUCGGGCUCCCAGCUGUCCUUCAGCGGCUCCGUGGCGCUGCCCGCCGCCGAGCGUUUCUGCGCGGGCGUCGCUCAGGACUGCCCCGGCCCGCCGCCGCCACAGCGAGGACCCCAGAGGCCCGGCCUGGGCCCCGGGGCCGGGGCCCCGCUCUACGAGGGCCUGUACGGGAAGUGGAGCCUGCCGGGCAGGAAGGGCUUCAACGGGCCGGCGGCGGGGGACGCCGACGCCGCGCUGCAGACCGUGCGCACGCAGCCUCCUGCUCCGGCCCCUCCCCCUGAAGUCUCUCCAGCGGCUGAGCCAAUGGGGACGAUCGUCCCCAGCGAGACCACGCCUCUGACAGCGGGGGAGCCUUCCCCAGCCCGGGAGGAGAGCUCGGAGCUUCCUUUACUGGAGCGCCUGUGCUGAGACCGGUCUGCCACAGCUGCAGCCAAAGCGUGGCGGGGCGGGGCUGGGGCGGGGCGGGGCGGGGCGGGGCUGGAGCGGGCCCGACCGGACCAGACCGAACCGGGUCAGACCGGAUCAGGACAGAUGGGACCUGGUUGGCCCGUCUGGCUUCCCCGGAGUCAUUCCAGCGUGCUUAAGGUUCCUGUUGAGUGGAGAGUAUCUGAAUCAUGCAAUAUCAAAAGGAAUAACCACCAGUCCCCAUCCAUCACCAGUCUGUACUGUACCUCUGUUAGCCCUGCAGGACUGGAUCCGCCUGAAGACGCACACUCAUUCCUCCCUCUCUCUCUCUCUCUUUCCCCCUCACCCUCUCUCUCCCUCCCUCCCUCCCUCCCUCUCUCUCUUUCUCUCUCUCUCUCCCCCUCACCCUCUCGCUCUCUCUCCCUCCCUCCUCCUCUCUCCCUCCCUC